UUCGCAAACGUAACCAGAAAAGUCAAGUCAAGCUCUUCUCUCUCUCUCAUGAGAAAAUGAGCUCACCAUGUGGAUCUUCAGACGCUCUCUUUGGUUUCCUUCUACAAUCACUGAAAUUGAAAUCCGGUGACGCUUGCGAUUGUUCUGAUGAGAGUACGCAGUUGCUCAGGGAUUACGCAACCAGGGAGUUCAACGCCUUACUAUGGGUUGCUCUCAUUGCAUCCACUGCUAUAUUGCUCCACAUGCUCUUCAAGUUGUUCGCUCUGUGGUUCAAAGCUAGAAGGAUCCCUGGUCUUCCUUGCCCCUCCUUCUACGGCCACCGCAACCUUGUCACGCGACAGCAGCUCAUCGAGAUUUUGUCUGAAUCGCAUGAGAGAUAUGGACCAGUUGUCAAGCUUUGGUUGGGGCCUUCUCAACUGUUGGUGUCUGUGAAGGAUACAUCACUCAUCAAAGAGAUGCUUUUGAAGGCCGAGGAUAAAUUGCCUUUGACAGGGAAGGCCUUCGAUUUAGCCUUUGGUGGGUCAAGCCUCUUUGUUUCCUCAUAUGACGAGAAGGUGCAAAAGAGGAGGGAAUCAUUGGUGCUAGAAUUGAAUGUUCUUGCGAGAGAAAAUUCAACUCCUGUCAAGGUUGUGGACAGUAUCAUGGAAAGAAUAAAUCACAUUAUGAGAAAAGGCAGUAUUGGUAGUGAGUUGGUUUCUCAACAUAUGGCUUUUACCCUUUUGGGAGCCACUUUCUUUGGAGAUACAUUCUUGUCUUGGUCCAAGGCAUCUUUUUACGAGGAGCUUCUCGUGAUGGUUGCAAAGGAUGCAUGCUUUUGGGCCUCAUAUAGAGUUACUCCUUUAUGGAAACAGGGAUUUUGGAGGUACCAAGCAUGGUGCACAAAGGUGAAAUGCUUAACUCAAGACAUUGUCCAACAAUGCAGAAGAAAUUAUAAGCUACUCUGUCAUAUCGAUCAACCAGCCUAUGGUGAAACUACCAAAAUUGGAUCAGAAACUGCUUCAGUACCAUCUUGUUCUGGUGUUGUGAUGCCAGAAUAUUUCUUCUCUCAGAAGCUUGGCAGUCAUCAGAAUGCAAUAGAACGGCCUUGUGGGAAUAUUAUGGGUGUAAUGUUUCAUGGAGGCCUAGCUAUGGCAAGUUUAAUUAGUAGUAUCUUGGUGAGGCUUGUUACAGAACCAAAACUACAGGAUAAGAUUUAUUCAGAGAUAAUGAUGGCUAGGAAAAUGGUGGUGGAAAAAAACUUGAGUGUUGAUAAAUUGGUCUUGCUAUUGGCAACUGUGUAUGAAUCUGCUCGGCUUCUGCCUGCAGGAACUUUGCUACAAAGGUGGUCUCCAAGAGAUGAUCUGAGUCUUAAAAAUGGUGUAACAAUACCAGCCGGUGCAGUGCUGGUUGCACCGGUUCAGCUGAUGCAGACGGAUGAUUCUAGUUGGGGAACAGAUGCUAGUGAAUUUAAUCCUUAUCGCUUUUUGUCAAAGACUGGAAAGUUCUCUGACUCAGUGGAGGAUGAACCGUCUACAGAUCCAAGACACAACUUGUUCAAUUUGAAUGAUCCAAAUGACAAUGAAGCCUUUCUUCCUUUCGGUUCUGGUAAACGUUCCUGUGUGGGCCAGAAAUUUGUAAUUCAAGGAGUUGCUAGAUUAUUUGCGUCAUUGCUUGAGCUCUAUGAGAUAAGGCUCCCUCCAGCGGAGACUAAACCAAAACCAACCAUUAAGGACUCUGUGGUUGAGUCGCUUCCAAGUCCAGAGUUAAUAUUCGUCAAGAGAAUGAUCUAAAAUAAGGCGGACGUGGUGUUGUGGAUAGAAGUUGCUUGUCACUUCAUCAGUUGCUUUUAUGUAAGUCCCUGUCAUCCUCACAGAGACAUUUAUGUUCUUUCUUUUUCGUGAACUGAUGGGGAAGGUACUUUGUUGCGCUCGUUGGCUUGCAAAGGAGAGGAUAUUACAUGAGUAGCUUCUGCUCCUGUUUUUUUCCCUCCCCUGUUUCGUAUAUAGCCCAAGUAAUGCUGUCGUUAAAUCUCCACAGUUUUUUAAUAUGUUUUUUAAAGCACAGAGAGGGCUGUAUUUGCUGCGAGCCAUGGUUUUCUUUCCCCAUUUUUAUUCUCUUAUUGGUUUCUUUAUUUCUUUUUUUCUCCGAAGGGGAGUUUGGGGUGUAUGGUGUAUGCUCACACUUAUUAUAUGUAAAAUAAUGUCCCUUUUUGUUUAUAUGAAAUGAAUGUUAGACAUUGUGCAAUUUUA